AUGAACGCAACCGAGAGGCUUUACCUUCCCGUUGAUGGCAUCCUCGCAAUGUUCGACUCUCUCACCGGGCAUUACCUAUCACACACUGCGCACCCAGUCCUGCAGAGCACAGCCCUUACCCCGGUGCUCCAGCACCCCAAAGUCUCAAACAUAUCGAAGACAGGCAUGGGCAUCAUCAAAACGGUUAAAGGGCGCUGGAGACAACAGGAUAAGAGAGCGGUUGCAAGCAGAUCUUCCAGUUCUGGCAAUCGGCAAGUAUCGGCCGAUCGACUCCCAAAAAGGUCCGUGGAUCUGCUGGAGUUGGGCCUGACCAAGCCCAGGAACUGUCACAGAAUAGUUGUGCUUGGCGCGCCCAGAGUAGGCAAAACCAACAUCCUCCAGCGGUUCCUGGGCGGAGAAUUUGAAGAGCGCUAUGAACCCACAACCGAGGACUUCCACAGAAAGCUGUUCCACAUACGAGGAGAGGCAUACCAGAUUGAUCUUCUGGACGCCUCAAGCGAGAGGGACUUCCCUGCGAAACGGAGGUUAUCCAUACUGACAGGUGACAUCUUUCUGCUCGUCUUCAGUUUGGAUGACAAAGACUCUUUCAGCGAAGCCUGUGAGCUGCUGAGCGAGGUCAAAGCUGCCAAGGCAAAGUUACUCAAAAUGAAAAGUGCCGCGAUCGUGCCGGCCGUGGUAUGCGGGAAUAAGGCGGACUUGGUAGCGCAGAGAGCCGUCAGCCGCUCGCAGGUGGAAGAAAUCCUCGGUGAGGACGUCUCAUUCUUCGAAGCCUCGGCCAAAGACGGUUCCGGACUGGAAGGCGUGUUCAGAGCCCUCGCCUCUGUCGGCGGACUGCCCGCCGAGACCAGUCCGUCACGACAUCGGCUCCUGCCCAUCCUCGCCUACCGGUCGCUGUGCGUCGGCCAGCGGGGCAGGAGGGGGGGCCGGGCGCGGGGACUCGGCGCGCCCUGCGCCGCCCUGGACCCCCUGGCGCGCCGCCCGAGCUUCACCAGCGACCUGCGGCUGGUGCUUGGAUCAAGCACCAAACGCAGCAAACCAGAGAAGUGUCAGGUUCAAUGA